AUGGAAGAAUCAACAGUGACAGACUUAAUUCAACAAGAAAUUAAAAAAGGCUUUCUAUCAGGACCAUUUCAAAUACCACCAUUUAAACAGUAUCGUGUUAGUCCUAUCGGGCUUGCGACGGGUAAAUAUUCUGGCAAAAAGAGGUUAAUUGUGGAUUUGUCUGCCCCACAUGAAGAUGAGAACAACCCCAGUGUUAAUGAACUUAUCAAUAAAGAGGAAUGUUCUCUUUCUUAUGUACGUAUCGAGGAUGCUAUCGAUAUCAUAAAGAAAAUAGGACCUGGUGCAGUGAUGUGCAAAACAGACAUAUCCGAUGCAUUUAAAUUGAUACCUAUACAGCCAUCACAAUGGCAUCUUUUCUGUGUUAAGUGGGACAAUCAGUAUUAUUACUACAAGCGCUUAGCCUUCGGAUGUAGGUCCAGCCCUAAAAUAUUUGACAAUCUAUCACUAGCUAUUUGUUGGAUAGCAAGUGAAAAUUACAAGGUGCGGAAUAUCUUGCAUCUGCUAGAUGACUUUAUAACUAUCAAUUCACCAAAGGUAGAUGGCAAGCUCACCAUGGAUACUUUAUUGCACAUAUUUGAGACUUUAGAAAUUCCUCUGGCGUCUCACAAAACUGAAGGUCCUUGCUGUGAGGUGGAAUAUUUAGGAAUUGUGUUAGAUUCAGUAAAGAUGGAAGCUAGAUUGCCUGUUGUUAAACUUGAGAGGUUACUUCAGAUGUUGAAAGAAUUCGACGGAAGAAAAUCACUGACAAAGUUAGAGUUGUUGCAGUUACUUGGGCAUUUAAAUUUUGCUUCGCGUGUGGUUCCUGUGGGGAAGUCUUUCAUCUCUUACCUGAUCACACUUUCGACAACAGUAACUUCUAUGAGACAUCAUGUCAGACUGAAUUUUGAUUGUCGAGAAGAUAUCCAUAUGUGGAUCUACUUUCUGAUACAUUGGAACGGGAUCUCUCUUUUUCGUGAUUCCAAUAUAUCACAGGCAGCAGACAUGGAACUGUAUACGGACGCUUCGGCCACUUUAGGUUUUGGAGGAUACUUCCAGGGGAAAUGGUUUUCUUCGGAAUGGCCAGUUAACCUACAACUGCACGGCAAACAGUCUAAAAAGGCUAGCUCAGUGUCUAUAGCAUACAGAGAGCUUUAUCCUAUAGUAGUAGCUUGUAUUCUGUGGGGCCGUUAUUGGGAGAGGAAACAAGUGUUAUUCUGGUGUGACAAUAUAGCUACGGUAGAUAUUAUAAACAAAGGUAGAUCUAAAGCCCUGAAUAUGAUGCCGCUUAUGAGGAAAUUGACUUUAUGUGCUGCUCAGAACAAUUUUACUGUAUAG